UGGUGUCCAUGGCAAAGCAACGUGUUAGCAAGUGGCGGAGGUACAGCAGAUCGUUAUAUACGGUUGUGGAAUGUAACUACAGGAGUUUGUCUCAAUAGUAUUGAUACCAAGUCGCAGGUAACAGUAUUCAAUGCUAGCGGCAUACUAACUUAAUUAAUUUAAGUACAUACUUACAGUAUAUAUUAAAUGUUCUUUGAUGUAUUAUUGGAAUUUGAUUUAAUUUAAUUUUUAUAGAAUUGCUAUACAAUUUUAUUGAAUUGCUAUACAAAUAUGAGUCCCUGAUCUGAGUCCCUGAUCUGAAAAAUAGACUCUAAUUUAUAUGAAGGACCAUGCAAAUAUAUACGGGGACCAAAUCCAGGAAACCAUAUUUGCGUCCGGUGGGCGUGUCCCAGAUGAAUGCUCUGAUUAUGCUGGAUUAUAGUGCAGAGCUGAAUUGUAAUACACGUUGUUGACUUGCUAUAUAAGUCUUGCUAUACAAGUCUUGCUAUAUAAGUCUUGCUAUAUAAGUCGCACCGUAACGCAUUACCUUGUCUCGCCUUGUAAGGAGUAGAAAGAGUGAGAACUAGUGAGUGAAUAAAACGAAUGGGCGAGCUUGACAAUUAAACCACAUGAGCUAGCCGCAAGUUUCGCUGAUUUGGCGCAUCCUGAACUAAACCUGUAUGCCGUAAACUGGUUAUACGCCUUAUACUUCUGGGGCCGGUUGUUCAAAGGUUGGCGCUAACCCUGGAUUAAAAUUUAACUUGGUGUUUUAGUUUGUAUUUCUGCACGUCUGUUUAUUUCAAAACUUCAGAGAAGUAAACUCCUAUCGAUACAGACAAGAUCUCUGAAGAAAUAUUUCCAAAUUUAUAGACAAGCUGUCAAGAAGUUUGAUUUGAAUGUUAGGUUAACCUAGGGUUAAACUAACCCAGCUUUGAACAACCAGCCCCAGAUUUUAUGGAACAUUUACUGUGUAGCACUAAACAUUCGAAUAUUCAUUGACAGGUUGUCCUUCGAAAACCUCAGACCUUAAACUCUAAGCGCGCAAAGAGUGAUGGGUAACUUCUUUUUAGGCUUUUGAUUGGGCAAAUAUCCUAGUACACUGCUAGCUGUGCAUCUUUAAGUGCUUAUUAUCUUCUGUCUUGCCAUAGUUACAAUGCCAAAUUCGCACGUUUCAGACCUUUAUAAGUGAAAUUAUUAAAGACCUUAUAAUAGUGAGCAAGUGACGUUUUUGACAACAUGGACGUCGACCGGAAGUAAAGUUGACGUUUUUCACCAAUCACAUACUCGUGCUGUUCGUGUUGUCAAAAACGUCACUUGCUUAAGCUCACUGCUAUUUUAAAACAGCUGUAUACUGUAGUAGUAGAUUUUACUGGAAUGUUCUUAUGUAAACUGAUGGAACAAAUUGCACUGUAUAAUUCUUGCAAAUUCCAUUGCGUUGCAACCUAAUGAAACUGCAAUGGCCGUUUUAAUGAUACAUUUCCUGAUGAGUGAUGAUUACAUUUUCCUAGAUAUCUAGUAUUCUGUGGUCGAAAGAUUACAAGGAACUUAUCACUGGACAUGGUUUUUCUAACAAUCAACUUUCCAUCUGGAAAUAUCCAUCCAUGACCAGAGUUGCUGAUCUGGUCGAUCACAGUGCACGUGUAUUGUGUAUGAGUAUGUCGCCAAGUGGUGAACAUGUAGCUUCAGCUGGUGCAGAUGAAACACUCAGAAUAUGGAAAUGUUUUGAUCGAAGUCAAUUGAAGAAAAAAUCCGCUGCUUGUGGAAUUGUUAAGAAGACCUUGAACACAAAUCUCACCAUGAUUAAUAGAAUAAGAUGAUGUAAUCGAAUAUCGACAUUGGUGUUUCCUGAAAUGAUCAAGUUACCAUUUGGAUGUCCACAGCGUCGCGAUCUUCCAAGCAAUCCAGCUCUCUGACUUUGAUCAGAAAAUUGGUCGAUAUACGCUGGCAAGCCAAUGACGUAAGCCCAGUGCUAGUCUUUACAUGUUUUGACUUCUAUAGUAUAAGUUAUUUAUUGCUCAUCGAUGAGGAAGUUGUCAAUAUUACAGUAAUAUUCCUUUAAUUGUAUUAAUAAUAAUAUAUAUGUAAAUAAUAUAUAUGUAACAGUUAUGUACCUAAUAAUUUAAUAAAAUCGUUAUUUAUUUUU